AUGGAGCAGCUGAAGCGGGAGGUGCAGAGCGAGUCCUUCUGGCGGACUCUGCCCGCAGAGUUCCUGGGCACGGCCGUGCUGGUGUUCUGCGGCGUGGCCGGAGCCCUGGGCUGGGCCGGCCAGCAGCCCGACACCCUGCAGGUGGCCCUGGGCUUCGGACUGGCCGUCUCCGCCGCCUCCCUCUGCACGCAGGGGGUGGGCGCCGGCCAGCUGAACCCCGCCGUCAGCCUGGCGCUGCUGCUCGGUCUGCGCAUCAGCCCGCUCCGGGCGCUGCUCUCCGUCCUGAUGCAGGGCUUGGGCGCGAUCGCAGCCUGCGCCCUACUGCAGGCGCUCACCCCGCCCGGGGUCCGCGGAGAGCUGGGGCUCAGCAAGCCUUCUGCAGGGGUUACACAGGUCCAGGCCUUGGUAGUUGAAGGCAUUGUCACUUUCCAGCUCGUACUGUGUGUUUUUGUCAUCUCACACAAGGAAAGCAACUUUGAAGGAUCUGCACACGUGGUCCUUGGCAUUUCUGUGACCCUUGGACAUUUGGUGGCGAUCCGCUUCACUGGAUGCAGCAUGAAUCCCGCACGGUCCCUGGGACCUGCCGUGAUAACAUCAAACUUCUCUCAGCACUGGAUCUUCUGGGUGGGACCUCUGCUGGGGGGAGUCUUGGCUGCGAUUGUGUACAGUUCUCUGCUGACACCAAAGAGGAUCAGGUGUGGAGACUGCCUGAGCAUGUUGAAGACAGAUGCCAAGCUGGAACACAAGGUGGAGUCCCAGCCCUAGACACAAGGGCAGCCUGGCUCCAAUACAC